GGCGGGGCCAGCGGCAUGCCUCCGCAGGGCAAGGUCCCCGCCGCCCUCUUUUCGCGGGCGCUGCUCGGGAGAGGGAGGCUCCGGGCGGAGCUCUCCUGGCAAGCCCCCGAUUGCGAGCCCCAGCCCAAAAGACGGCCGAUCUCCGCCGCCAUGACCGAGGAGGCCAAGAGGCUGGCCGCUGUGGCUGCGGUGGACAACCACGUGCAGACUAAUCAUGUCCUUGGAAUUGGAAGCGGCUCUACAAUUGUUCAUGCUGUACAUAGGUUAGCUGAGAGAGUGAAACAAGAAAAGCUCAGCAUAGUUUGCAUCCCUACAUCUUUUCAGGCACGUCAGUUGAUUCUGCAGAAUGGCUUAACUCUAAGUGACCUGGAUAGACACCCAGAGUUGAAUGUUGCCAUUGAUGGGGCUGAUGAAGUCGACAUGGACCUCAACCUUAUCAAGGGAGGAGGGGGUUGCCUGACCCAGGAGAAGAUCGUUGCUGGCUUUGCAAAAAGCUUCAUAGUUAUUGCUGAUUACAGAAAAAAGUCUGGAAACCUUGGAGAGCAAUGGAAAAAAGGGAUUCCCAUUGAAGUCAUCCCGAUGGCCUAUGUGCCGAUCACCAGGGCUUUGGCCAAGAGGUUUGGAGGCGUUGCGGAACUGAGGAUGGCUGUCAAUAAAGCUGGCCCAGUGGUGACGGACAAUGGGAACUUCUUAUUAGACUGGAAAUUUGACAAAGUUCAUGACUGGAAUAAAGUAAACAUGGCAAUCAAGAUGAUACCAGGAGUGGUAGAAACUGGCCUUUUUAUCAACAUGGCGGAGCGUGUUUACUUUGGCAUGGAAGACGGCUCUGUCAGCGUGCGCGAUAAGAAAGUCCACUGACUGCCAUUCAGCCUCUGCACAUCUACGCUGCCUUCAGCAUGUGACAGUUUAUCCUCAUGGUGCCAACUUGACAUGUUGCCUUAAAAUACAUCUGUCUGGAUCUUGAUGAAUGAAUUGGAAGGUCCCGCAGAUUUCACAAAUACUGAAAGCGAAUGUUGUCUUAAAAUCAAUUUUUUACUUUUUUUCAUGUAAUUUUUUUAAAGUGAUCACUCAACAUUUUAAGCUUUUUUCACUUGAGUUUUUAUACCAAACAUUUACCAAAAAGGAUGUUUUACAUAAUACUUGAACCAACUGGUUGCUUGCUGGGAGAAAGAUAGUGGUCUGAAUCCAAUUUGUAAUCCUAACUAAAGUAGACUCACGGAAACAGUGGGAUUUAUGUAAGUCUUGGCGCACACCAUUCAACAACUGAUUCUGUGUGCUAUUUCUAGUUAGGACUAUAGAUUAGGAUACAUUUAUGCGAAAGAGCUGCAUCCAGUUGGGAAUCACAGAUGCCUUAUUGGAAUCUUUUUGGUUCUAUAAUUUAUGCCUUUUAAUGAUUUUACCAUAAAUGUUUGUAAUGAUAAAGAAUGUCUAGUUAGUGUCGAAUUAUAAUGCAGCUGCUAUUUGUGCAGUUGGCCUCGGAAUGGGAACGGCCUUUUAAGUUUUACUUAGAAACAACUGGUAAUUUCCCACAGCAUAAUUGACAUUCCCAUGUUGUACGGGUAAUGUUUGAAAGAAAGGAUCACCAUUCUUUGCACCUUAAAACAGUGUCUCUGGGUCCUAGUCAACAUUGACAUUGGGUGAACCAUUGUGCCCAGCUCAAUAUGCAUGAGCCACACUUUUAAAUAUUCCAAAGUCGCAUGGAAGACUUCACUUAUUUUACUUAGGCGAUCCCUCGUUGGACAAGUAAGAUGGUCUUCCUUGAUGACUAUUUGUGGGUUUGUGGAGCCCUAUUCUUGACCCGCAUCUUCUCCCACAGUGAAGGCAUUGGUUUCCAGGUGGAAGGCGGUCCCGGUCGGGGUUGGCUUGACGCGCCUUCCUCCUGGCACGUUUCUCUCUUUCACCCUCCACUCGUGCCUCCUCGAAUUCUGCAGCACUGCUGGUCACAGCUGACCUCCAGCUGGAGCGGUCAAGGGCCAGGGCUUCCCAGUUCUCAGAGUCGAUGCCAGAGUUUUUAAGGUUGGCUUUGAGGCCAUCUUUCAAUCUCUUUUUCGGUCCACCAACAUUCCGUUUUCCAUUCUUAAGUUCAGAGUAGAGCAACUGCAUGGAAGAAGCCCUAUCAUGGUCCCCAUGCAAUUACAUGUAAUGCCUGAAUUAAUCCGAAUUCAUACCUGACUUUCAAUCUUGUAAAAGAAGGGAGAGAUUUCAGUUGUGAAGCAUUUGCACAAUUUUGGUUGAACCAACUGAAGACUGAACUGGUUUGGGCCCAUUUAACAUUGCAGGUUGCUGAUUCCUUGUAUGGUGGCGAUUCCCAAGCUAUUAUAUUUGAGUCAAACAAGAACUGAAGUUCCUGGAUAGAUUGUUCUAAUGUAGCAAGAGCAAGGCACUUCUUAAAUCUGUUGUUUCCAUUUCAGGGUGCUUUGCAUGGUACUGUAUGUCAGAAACAAGAGCCAUCGUGUUGUCUGUUUUAGGCUCUGAAAUAAAAGCUGCAAUGUCAGCUUUAUGUUUCUCUGUUUUGCUGUCAUAUGCCUUUCUGGUUAACUAAAUAAAACAAAAACCUGUCUUGCCAAAUCA